CGAAAACUAGCCACAUGUAUUAUAAAUUAAAAAUUGCAAUUUUGUUAUAAAUAAAAGAGCAAAACUGCCGGAAAAACAAGCACAAAUCAGGAAAAUACCUACAUGAGAGCUUUAAGUGUUCACGGUGCUGUGAGAAAAGUGAAAUCUGCUGGUAAAAGUUUGCUAAGACAGCGGGCGUGUAUGUGUGUGUAGGAAUCUGCAAAACGAGACCAAAAAAGCCGACAACAGAGUAAACGGGCACAAACAUAAAAAGUUGCGCCCAUUUUGUUGUUGUUUAUUCAUUAAAUACACACGAACAAACAACAACCAACGCUUCUGUUUGUGUGUAUGUUUUUUUCAUACACACAUAUACAUACAUGCACAUACACACUGAUUGCAAUGCAAGCGUAUGUGUGCCUAUGAGUUGGAGCAGCAGCAGCAGCAAGACCAGCGAGCUCCCGCUCCCCAAUACAUAGCCGUCGACGGUCUCUCACACCAAUACAAGCGCAAGCAAGCGAGCGAGCGAACAGCAGCGCCAAAGAAACAGUUACCGCACGUAUAAGCACAGUAGUCGUAGUCGCAGUCGCAGUCAGAGCGGCAGAAGCAACGUCAUAAAUUUGUCAUCGCUACAUCUUUUUGGGUUAUAUGAAAAUAAUUUUAAAUUAAAUUAAGAAAACGUAAAGGAGCCGCAUUAUACAAAGAUGAUAUUGCUGGAAAUCAAUAAUCGCAUCAUAGAGGAAACGUUGCUGGUCAAAUACCGCAAUGCUAUAGCAGGACUCAAACCAGAAUCGAUAGAUAUACUAAUAGCUGAUUUUGAUGGGGUGCUUUAUCAUAUGUCCAAUGUCAAUAGCGAUAAAACUAAAGUGCGGAUCAGCAUAUCGCUCAAGUUCUACAAACAACUGGUGGAGCAUGGUGCUGAUGAACUGCUCAAGCGUGAAUAUGGAAAUUUACUGACUGAUACGGAAGAAGGUUACAAUGUUUCUGUACUUAUUAAUCUGGAUGAUAUACCUACGGACUGGGAGCAAAUGGCUAAGAAAAUUGGACUGCUGAAGCGCAAUUGCUUUGCCUCUGUGUUUGAAAAGUAUUUCGAUUUCCAAGAGCAAGGCGAGGAAGGACAAAAGCGUGCUGUCAUCAACUAUCGUAACGAUGAAACACUCUAUGUAGAGGCGAAGGCUGAUCGCGUUACGGUUGUCUUCAGCACCAUAUUUAGGGACGAAGAUGAUGUCAUCAUUGGCAAAGUAUUUAUGCAGGAAUUGAGAGAGGGACGUCGUGCCUCUCAUACUGCGCCACAAGUGCUCUUCACGCACCGCGAACCGCCUUUGGAAUUGGCCAACACUGAUGCUAAAGUGGGAGACAAUAUUGGUUACGUUACAUUCGUGCUAUUUCCUCGACAUACCAACAAGGAAACAAGGGACAAUACUAUAAAUUUAAUACACAUGUUCCGAGAUUAUUUGCAUUAUCACAUUAAGUGUUCAAAGGCUUACAUUCAUUCGCGUAUGCGAGCAAAAACCUCAGAUUUCCUCAAGGUGCUAAAUCGUGCAAGACCCGAGCCCAAGAAUAUUGAAAAGAAGACUAUAACGGGGAGAACAUUCAUACGCAAAGAAUGAUGCGCUAAGUAUAUUUAGUUGUUUUUAUAUAAAUAUAAAAAUAAAAAAUUUGUAUUAAACAUUGAGAUAAAUCAAUCAGAAUUCUUGGCGUAACUCAAGCUAAAUGUUUCAAAAACUACAAGUAAACGGUGAAAAGAUUGAUGAUACAGAGAUGAUGAUUAUCAUAAUUUCAAAACUGAAAGUAUUCCAGAAGAGAGCACGUUAAGCUAACUUUAAGCUGAGCAAAUUAAUGAACAAAGAACUAAUAGUUAUGCGUUAUUAUACUUAACCAUGCCCCUCUUCCCCCGCAUAUAUGUGUGUGUUUGUCGAGUCAGAAUCAUAUAAAAAUUUGUUACAGUCAUAUAGCCGAGUCAGCGUACAUAUUAUGUAUAACAAAACUAAAGAUUUGUCAGCGAAAAAAAAAAAGAAAAUAAAUUAAACCUUUUAAAAUAAUGCAUAAAUGUAAGUGGAAAAAAGUAAUGUCAUAAACAUAACAAGCUGUUAAUGUCGCAAUUAUUGUAAUGCUGCCCUCAAAAGACAACAUAACUAGCCCGUAUGUGUAGAGAAUUAAACAAAACAAAAAGGUUUAUAUAUUAAAACAAACUUUGAUACAUUACAGAAAACAA